CCGAAUUUUCGAUUGGUCACCGGUGCUAACGCAGUUGCACGGGAACGGUCUUACCUUUAGGACUACAAAAGAAAACAAAUCAAAAAUUCGCACAAAAACAUUGCCAAAAAGAUCAAAAUGGUGUCGUUGGAGAAGCUGAAACAAUUGAGACUGAUCCACCUGUGCAUCGCGCUCACCUUCUUCACGAGUGGGCUAUGCAUCAACUUUAUCCAGUUGCUGAUGCACGUGAUCAUCAAGCCCAUAAACGCGCAGCUCUUCCGCAAGUUGAUGUACUAUGCCUGCUACUCGCUCUACUCUCAACUUAUCUUCGUGUCCGACUGGUAUGCCGGCUGCAAGAUGACCGUCUACAUGGAUAAGGACGACUUUGAAAAGCACGCCGGCAAGGAGCAUGUGCUCCUGCUCAUGAACCACAAGUACGAGAUCGACUGGCUCAACGGCUGGAUGAUCUGCGAAAAGCUGGGCGUCCUUGGCAAUUGCAAGGCGUAUGCCAAGAAGCCCAUUCGCUAUGUGCCCAUCAUGGGAUGGUGCUGGUGGCUCGCCGAGUUCGUCUUCCUUAACCGCAACUUCGAUCAGGACAAGACCAUCAUCACCGAGCAGCUUAAGGUGGUCUACUCCUAUCCCGAUCCCACCUGGCUUUUGCUCAAUGCGGAGGGCACUCGUUUCACUCCCGCCAAGCACGAGGCCUCCGUCAAGUUUGCCCAGGAGAGGGGCAUGACGGUGCUGAAGCACCAUUUGAUCCCGCGCACCAAGGGAUUCACCGCCAGUUUGGCUCCCAUUCGUGGUCUGUGUCCCGUCAUCUACGACAUCAAUCUAGCGUACAGGCCCACAGAAAAGACUCCUGCCACCAUGUUGAGCCUGCUUCAUGGAAAGGGCGUCGAGCCCCACAUGCUGAUGAGGCGUAUUCCCUUGGAACAGGUGCCCGAGGAUGAAAAGGAGGCCGCUGCCUGGCUGCAGAAUCUGUAUGUGGAGAAGGACAAGAUCAUCGACAGUUUCCUGGAGACGGGCAGCUUCUUCAAGACUUCCGGAGUGAAGGAAGUGCCAGCCUACGUGAACAAACCGCGACUUUGUUCCCUGGUGAAUUUCGCUUGUUGGGCGGUAUUCUCGUUAUCCUGCAUUUUCUACUACUUGGUAUCUUCUCUGCUGGCGGCCAACUGGACCGCCUUCAUCACGGCUCUUUCCGUGCUCGGACUUUUUUACUGGCUGAUGGGCCAGGGCAUCAACAAGACGCAGAUUAGCAAGGGAUCCAGUUAUGGAGCUGGAUCCGGCAAGGCGAGCACAAAAUAACUUUCGAUUUCGCAUUUAGUUCUGAUUGCUGACGAACUCAAUUAUCUACAAGUGACUUUGUAUAAAAAAAAUGGCAGUCCUCUCACAAAUCUCUCUGCUAAAUGGAUCAAUUCGCGAUUCCUACCCGGACGAUUUAAAAGUGUUUUUUGAACAGAAGUGCAUGUUUUUUGUCUAAGUUUAUGGUUACGAGGUAACUCCCGCACACUGGAGUCAUAAAUUUGCGUACGUAGUUGGUAGUUGUACACCUAAGUGGAAAUUUAAUUGUUUCAUCAAUUGUAAUUUGGCGAGCAUUGCAAUAAUUAAAUUAAAUAGAACUUGAAA